ACUCAGCACUAGACAACACAAAAUACAAGUCUCUCAGAACAAUAACCUCUUCUUCUUACUCUCUCUUUCAGAGCAACCACAACGCACAGUUCACAAACUUCACCCAAAAACCACACUCAGAUUCUCUCUCUCUCACUUUCUCUGUGUUAUUUGAAGCAUUUCAUUCCCACAACCAAAACCGCUCCACCUUACUUUACUGGGUGUUCCUUGAAAUGGCCAACACUCGCCGGCGACAAUGAAGAUCUCCGGCGACACUAACCGACCACCGCCGCCAUUCCCGGCGAGCAUUACUCCCAAAGUCCUAAAACCCUCGCCGGACUCCGAUCUUCAACCUCACCGGAGGACCUCCCGCCGGAAACCCAGAACUCCGGCGACCAGGUUGUGGCGGAGUGUGGCACCCGGCGGUAAACGGAGCAGGCCCGAGACCCCCUUGUUGAAGUGGAAGAUCCACGACGAGAGAGAUAGGAACGAUGGCGAUCCACUCCAAGAACAUGGCCGGACAAAUGAGGCGCCACUGCUUGCCGCUGUGUCGGCGAGGAAACUCGCCGCUGGGUUGUGGCGGCUGCAGCUGCCGGAAGUGGCGGUGGCUGAUGGUGGACGGCGAAGGGGUUUGAGAAGGAUCGGUGAAGAUCUUUUGGGAGUUCAGCAUGGAAUUGACCAUGUAGACCACCAAUUUCUCAGUCAUCAAAGUGGCAUGAUGCACGGUUCUGGUUCUUCAAUGAAGAAUCCAUCUCAAAGUCCUCGUUCCAUUUCUGGGACUAAGGAUGGGCACUUUUGUGAGCUCAACCCUUCUUUCCAGUUUUCCAGUACAGCAAUGGAAGGGGUGACAAAGUGGGAUCCUGUUUGUUUAAAAACAUCAAAAGAGGUGCAGCAUGUCUACAGCCGGAUGAAACUUCUUGACCAAAAGGUUAGCACUGUUUCUGCUCUUGAAGCUGAACUAGAACAGGCUCGUGUGCAGAUUCAAGAGCUUGAGACUGAACGCCACUCUUCCAAAAAGAAACUUGAACAUUUUUUAAAGAAAGUUAGUGAGGAAAGGGCUUCAUGGCGAAGUAAAGAGCAUGAGAAAAUCCGUGCUUAUGUUGAUGACAUCAAAUCAGAGUUGAGUCGAGAAAGGAAAAGUCGCCAAAGGAUUGAAAUUGUCAAUUCCAGGAUGGUUAAUGAGUUGGCAGAUGCUAAGUUGUUAGUAAAACGUUACAUGCAGGAUUAUGAGAAAGAAAGGAAGGCCAGAGAAUUGAUUGAGGAAGUUUGUGAUGAGCUUGCUAAGGAAAUUGGAGAAGACAAGGCUGAAAUUGAAGCACUGAAGAGGGAAUCUAUGAAAAUUAGGGAUGAGGUAGAAGAGGAGAGGAAGAUGUUACAGAUGGCUGAAGUAUGGCGUGAAGAACGUGUUCAUAUGAAAUUGAUUGAUGCAAAAGUUACAGUUGAUGAGAAGUAUUCACAGAUGAAUAAACUUGUAGCAGAUUUGGAAACCUUCCUCAAAUCAACAAAUGUGAACCCAAAUGCGAAGGAGAUGAAAGAAGCACGGUCACUUCAACAGGCUGCAGCUUCUGUAGAUAUUCAAGACAUCAAGGGAUUUUCCUACGAGCCACCUAAUCCAGAUGAUAUUUUUGCCAUUUUUGAAGAUGUAAAUUUUGGUGAACCCAACGAGAGGGGGGAGAUUGAACCAUGUGUUACAUACUCUCCAGUGAGCCAUGCCUCAAAGAUCCACACAGUGAGUCCUGAAGCCCACUUGAUAAGUAAGGAUAGCUUUCAGAGACGUGCUGAUGUAUUUAUGGACAAUGGUGAUAUAGAAGAAGAUGAAAGUGGAUGGGAAACUGUGAGCCAUGUUGAGGAUCAAGGAUCAAGUUGUUCACCAGAAGGGAGUGCAGUGACUAAGAAUCAUCGAGAGAGUAAUGUCUCAGGGCGGAGUGAGCUUGAAUGGGAAGAAAUUGCAGGUGGAGAGACCCCAAUAACUGAAAUUAGUGAAGUCUGCUCAGUACCAACCAAGCAAUCAAAGAAGGUAUCCUCCAUUGCAAGGCUUUGGCGAUCUGGUCCGAACAAUGGUGAUAAUUACAAGAUAAUCUCUGUGGAGGGAAUGAAUGGGAGGCUUUCAAAUGGAAGGGUAUCCAAUGGGGACAUCAUGUCUCCAGACUGGGGACUUGGCAAAGGUGGAUUAAGCCCACAAGACCUUCUAUGCCAGUUGAGUUCUCCUGAGUCCGGAAAUCUACAAAAUCGAGGCAUGAAGGGAUGCAUUCCUCGUAGCACACAGAAAAAUAGUUUGAAAGCCAGACUUUUGGAGGCUAGGAUGGAAAGCCAGAAGGUUCAGUUGCGCCAUGUUCUUAAACAGAAGAUUUAGGAGUGAACAUAGGCAGUGAUUUCUCACCUGUAUGACUGAAGUAUGACCCAAAAGCAGCAGUUUGUUAUGAAUUGUGGGAAGCACUAAUCUGCUGCUUCUAGAAAUAGAAAAAAUACUGCUCAGAAAUUAUGAGGGGCCAUCAAUAAAUGCACUUGUUCAGCCUCAGACUUAGGCCAUGUUUCAGUUCUUCAUCAUCACUCUCAUAUUUUAGCCUUGAGCAGAUAAUCUUUUUAUCCCCUUGUGCCAAUGCCUCAAUAAUCUUCUUGGAAAAUAGGCUGCUUUAUAAUCUAUCAUGACCAACCUUGCUUCAUUUUUGUGUAGUAUCCUAUAAAAGUUACAAGAAGCAUGUUGCUUGUAUUGUAUCAUUUUAAGUCUGAGGACAAUUAUGCAAGGAAACCAGAUCAUCAAUGAAGUAUAGAUGAUAGCAUUAUCUUUUCAGCAAUUUUGAUUUUCUUAG